UGGUAGGCUGGUGGGCAGGGGCUCCCUGUGCUUCCAGCUCCACAUGGGGAACAUCAUCAAGGCCCUCGUAGCCUUCAUCCCUGCGGACUGCUGCCAGAACUAUGUGGUCAGAGACCUCCGGGAGAUGCCCCUGGACAGAACAGUGGAUGUGAGCGGGAGCCAGCUGCGCCGCCUCCCGGUGCACGUGUGCGCCUUCACGGAGCUGGUCAAGCUCUACUUGAGUGAUAACCACCUCAACAGUCUGCCUCCAGAGCUGGGGCAGCUGCAGAACCUGCAGAUUCUGGCCUUAGAUUUCAACAACUUCAAGGCUCUGCCUCAGGUGGUGUGUACCUUGAAACGGCUCUGUAUCCUUUACCUGGGCAACAACAAACUCUGUGACCUCCCCAACGAGCUGAGCCUGCUCCAGAACCUCCGGACCCUGUGGAUCGAAGCCAACUGCCUCACCCAGCUGCCAGAGGUGGUGUGCGAGCUCAGUCUCCUCAAGACUUUGCACGCGGGCUCCAAUGCCCUGCGUCUGCUGCCAGGCCAGCUCCAGCGCCUCCGUGAGCUUCGGACCAUCUGGCUCUCGGGCAACCUGCUGACGGACUUCCCAGCUGUGCUGCUUCGCAUGCCCUUCCUGGAGGUCAUUGAUGUAGACGGGAACCGCAUCCGUUACUUCCCCAGCCUGGCCCACUUGUCAGGUCUGAAGGUGGUCAUCUAUGAUCACAACCCUUGCAGGAACGCACCCAAGGUGGGCAAAGGUGUGCGACGUGUGGGAAGAUGGGCAGAGGAGACGCCAGAGCCCGAUCCCAGAAAAGCCAGGCGCUACGCAUUGGCCAUGGAAGAAGAUAAGGAGCCACAGGCACCUGCCCCACCUCCUCCACUUCCUCCUUCCAGCACCUGAAGAGCAGUAGUUUUAGGUCAGUCCCAAGGACCCCUCUCCGGCAUGCUCUGAAGACCCACCAUUAGCGGGGAAGGGGCUGCUGGAGAGCCCAGUGCAAUCCCAUAAAGAAACACUGAGAAAAAGAACGCUUGUCCAAAGGGAAGCGGUGUGCUCUCAGUGGCCGGGCUAUUCGGAAUGAUCACAGUGACUUUGUAGGAAAACAGCUUCUCCGAGCAGGUACCUUGAAACACUGAAGAGCGAGGUUUGGCCUCUGACCUCCUCCAUUCUGCAGCAGUGGCUGGUCCUGAAGGGCAUGAGCACCUUAAAUAAGGUACUUGUUAAAGAACCCACUAAAUGUUCGGGUGGCCUGUGUCUAGCCCUUUGCAGGACGUAUUUUCUUUAUUGUGAAUGACUGUAAAUGGUAUCUAUGCGUUGUUACUAAUCCAGGCCACUGACAAUAGGAUAUUGCUACCUAGUGUAUCAAAUUCACAGAAAAAAAGCUGUUUGUUGUUUCAGAGGCUCAAGAUGAAAUCUCCCCCAGCAGUUUAACACCUCUGAAGACUCCCGCUGAAGUGCCUCUUGGUGCGGUCCAGGUACCAAUGGUUCUAGUUGACUUUGCUCAUUUUUUCUUAAGUCUGGAUUGAGGUC